UUUUGACAAUGAAACAGUAUGAGAUGUGGUCAUUCUAAAGUCUAAACUAUAAUCAGCCAACCAAACGCCCCCCUUAGUUUUUGCAAGUUUACAUUUAUCUUCCUCUCUCAAUUGACCGGUGAGGUUAGUGGUUAGGGUUCUUGGUUAUCGAUUGCAAUCAUCAGAAAAAUGGCAAAUCUUCUACUCAUUUCUCCUCCAAUUAGCUCAUUGUGGACUCCAAAAUUUGCCCCCAAAAAUUAUCAGAAAUCAUUAAUUCAUCGGAUUUCGCCAAGAACAGUUUCAAUUAGAGCUUUCUUCUUUAAUCCAUCUGAUGAACCAAUUUUGAAGGAAGCAUUUAAGGAACCUGUGGCAUUCAUGGGUGGAAUGUUCGCAGGCCUUCUUAAGCUCGACUUGAAUGAAGAGCCCCUUAAGGAGUGGGUAAACAAGACAGUCGAAGCUUCUGGAAUUACCGAGGAAGAAAUUGAUGCCCAAGGACCAGACGUAGAAGAAGAAUCUCCCCAACAGAUAGAUAUUGAGUGAUUUGAGUUAGUAAUUCUGUCCGCACUACAAUUCGACACCUAUAAUUUGUAAGAUAUUUGUAAUAUGUAUUGUGUAUUUGUUCAUUAGCACUGCAAUGUAAUAAACUUUUGUACAUCCUUAUCUGCAAUUUUAAAAAAUAUAUUUUCAUAUUUGGUUCAAAUGAUUCAAA